CGCGGUGCGGCGGGGGCCGGGGCCGACCGCGCGUGAUGCGGCGGCGGCGGCGGUGAGGCCGCCGGGGGAGGGGGCGGGCGGCGCGCGAGGCGCUCAUAAAUGGCGCCCAAGCAGGACCCCAAGCCCAAGUUCCAGGAGGGUGAGCGAGUGCUGUGUUUCCACGGACCUCUCCUGUAUGAAGCAAAGUGUGUAAAGGUUGCCAUAAAGGACAAGCAAGUGAAGUACUUUAUCCAUUACAGUGGCUGGAAUAAAAAAUUCUUCAAAUAUUCAUGCCAUCUUGGUUUCCUUCACAGACAGAAAUCAGAGCUCUUCUUCUUACACUGGGAUGAAUGGGUUCCGGAAAGCAGGGUGCUCAAAUACGUGGAUACCAAUUUGCAGAAACAAAAAGAACUUCAAAAGGCCAACCAGGAACAAUAUGCAGAGGGGAAGAUGAGAGGUGCUGCUCCGGGCAAGAAGACAUCUGGUCUGCAGCAGAAAAAUGUUGAAGUAUUUUUCAGACGAGAUGGAGCGCAUACUGUUUGCUGUUUGGAGACCCCUACAAUAUCGACGCGGAAAACAAAAAAGAACAAACAGAAAACUCCUGGAAUUGGAGAAGGGAGCAGUACCAGUGAGACUCCUCAGCCUCCUAGGAAGAAGAGAGCUCGAGUAGAUCCAACAGUGGAAAGUGAAGAAACAUUUAUGAACAGAGUUGAAGUAAAGGUGAAAAUCCCAGAAGAGCUGAAACCAUGGCUGGUAGAUGACUGGGACUUGAUCACCAGGCAAAAGCAGCUCUUCUAUCUUCCUGCCAAGAAGAAUGUUGACUCUAUUUUAGAGGAUUAUGCAAACUACAAGAAAUCACGAGGAAAUACUGAUAACAAGGAGUAUGCAGUCAAUGAAGUUGUGGCUGGAAUUAAGGAAUACUUCAAUGUCAUGCUGGGAACACAGCUGCUGUACAAGUUUGAGAGGCCCCAGUAUGCUGAGAUCUUAGCAGAUCACCCAGACGCUCCUAUGUCUCAAGUCUAUGGUGCCCCACAUCUACUGAGGCUAUUUGUACGGAUCGGAGCUAUGCUUGCUUACACACCUCUUGAUGAGAAGAGUCUGGCUUUGCUGUUAAACUAUUUGCAUGACUUCUUAAAGUACUUAGCAAAGAACUCCUCUGCAUUGUUUAGUGCCAGUGACUAUGAAGUAGCCCCUCCCGAGUAUCAUCGGAAAGCAGUAUAAUGGUGUGCUGCUCUGCAACAGUGAUCAUGGAUGGGAUCCUUGUAAUACUGUCCACUUCUACGUCUUGUUCUUCACCCUUCUAUUGCACAUGUCUAUUGCACAGACUAUGUAAACAUAAAGUGAAUAAAGUUGUGUGUUUAAUAUGGAGCUGGCAUCUUUAAGUUCUGAAAACUUUCUUGUACUGAAAUGGAUGCUUGGAGUUUAGUGGAAACUCUUGGUGUUUCUGGCUUGCUACUGUUUGCAUCAGUGGAAUGUAAAAAGAAUGCAGUUGUAUUUCAUUGUAUGAACUCCUCAGUGCUCAUGGGUCUGACACUAAGAUGUGCCUAACGAAUCUGCUUUAUGGCAUAGCAAUGACAAAUCCAGACUCAGACCCAUGAGGGUUGUGAUCACCUAGUUGUGGUGCUAUUAGUCUGAAUCAAACCCAUUUACUUUCUUGGUGUUGGAAGUAAAAUGUUUGGUCCAUAAAUGUAUGUUUUUGUUUAGGUGGUUGAAGGACUGUGAGUUUUUAUAUUCUAACAGUAGAAAAAUGCAUUAUAUUGUAGUGUCUUGGAAGUGUUGGUCUCUUACAGAGCUGUUUUACAAAUCUUCAAAUAAACUUUUUUAAUUUCAA